AACUGCAACAGAAUUUUCUAGUGAAGAGUAUAUUAAAAUUAAACCGUUCACUUAUAGACGCACCACAUGGGCAUGUAGACAUUAUGGAAAAAUCACACAUCCGGUUAAUAUACUUAUGGCUAAGUCGACAAGAGUUAAAACAAAUAGAAGAAAUAAAUAAGAGGAAUUAA